AAUAGAAUUUCAAUAAUUUUAUCAUUUGAACGAUUUUACUUAUCAGUUUUAUUCGAAAACUUCAAUUUAUUGAACCAAUAAUGUUUUUUUACUUUUUCAUUAUGAUGUUUCUAGCGAGUAAUUUAUCAAACGCACUUCUUUUCGAAAGCCCACCUUUGGACGAGAACUACAAUUUGAUUGGUAGCUAUAAAACUAAACUUGAAAAUAUGUUUCAAAUAAGUAAAAACUUUGACGAAGGUAUGAAUUUUACUGCAUUUAAAGACAUAUUAGAUUUUUUUUAUCGUUUACACCUCCUUGAUGAAAAUCAAAUUAAAUCUUUAUUCACUCAAGUAGUUGGCGAAAUAGACAAAUUAAUGGACAAGGAUCAAUUUUUAAUACAAGUGGCACGUGUUGUAAGACGAAUUGAGCUUCGUAUACAACAAUAUUAUACACAAUAUCUCCACCUAACUAAGAUGACUAAAAAUCAAUUAAUAAAUGCAAUAACAGAUGCUGACUUAAAUAUCACGGAUGAAAGAGCUACUGAAUUAAUAAAAAUUGAAAUGGCAAACGCAGAAGAUAUCAGCUGUAAAGAAUUCAGAAACAUAUACGCAAAAAUAUAUCUCGAAUAUCUUGAGGAACAAAAACAGAAGUUAAAUCAGUCAAAGACUGAUUAGGUACAAGGUGAAGGUGAGAAGAAGAGAAGCUCCAUCCUUAUGCGUUCCCGCUCAAUUCAAGUACUAAAUGUUAAUUAAUAAAAUUAAAUGCACCGAAUAUACUAUACUUACAAAAAUGAAAAAUAUGCUAAUUUUAACAUUUUCUACUAUUAUUAAUCUGAAAACAAAGUGUAAAAAUAAAUGAAAUAACUUCACUUAAUUGUAAUGAACUAUGAUUGAUGAUAAAUAAACAUAUAAAAUAUUUUCUUACAGUUCAA